CGAACGUGGACUUGAAGGGGCAGAUUUGAUGGACAGUCAUGCAGGGACGAUGUGCACGGCCGAGAUGCUCUUUGACGCUGCCAAGGAGUCUCAUGUCCGUGGAUAUAAGCAUCUGAUGCAGCUGUACCGAGAUCUCACGGGCAUUGCGGUGCUGGACUUGCCCGACAAGAAGACAGUGUCCGCCGCCGCGGCCCUCCUGCGCGCGUUUGAUGCUAAUGCAACGCGCCAGGCCGUCGAGCACACUGGUGUGGCGAUGUUCACAGCGUACACGAGCGACUACUCGGUCGGAUACGCCUGCGAGAUCGUGAAUCGCAUGUACGCGGCGCGGCACGGGUACGAGUUCCACACCGACGUGUUGCCGUACGACGACAUGAUGGCGGCGAUCUCGCCGCGACAGUUCUGCGGCUGGUACAAGGUGUUGAUGAUCCAGCGCUUCCUUGCUGACAUGGCUGAGCUCCGUCGACGUGAGAUCGGGUACAUCAUGUGGAUCGAUGCAGAUGCGGUCGUCGUGAACCAUUCAUUCCGCGUCCAAGAGCUCAUCGAACGCUCGAGGCAUCGAGACUUGAUCAUUUCCGAGGACGUGAACCCGUGCUGCCUCGUCAAUACAGGCGUGGUGAUCGUCCGAGUGUCAUCAUGGAGCGAGCAAUUGUGGACUGAUGUAUGGGCCAUGCGCAAGUACUUUGACGUGUUCUUCUACGAGCAGUCGGCCCUCGUGCGGUGCCUCAAGGCGCGCCUCGAAGGGCUCGAUUCCGUCCAGCCAUUCCACAGCUACGUCCGCGGCGGUCCCCAUGGCGACAAGUUGUUUGCGCAUACGAUGGUAACAUGCCACUUGGACUUGAAUUCGAAUCGAUGCCAAGGCUUGACGGUGCACAUCUCGGACGACAACCGCAAGAUCGACACAAGUCACGCGAACGAACACGACCACCACAUGGCCAAGUUCAUCUUUCACUGCGCAGGGCGAUGCAACAAAGCGCGGACGUUGCGGGCGGUGCUGGCCGCCCAUGGCUUUGAUGUGGAGGCGUUACCUCUGGACGAUCGCAUGAAGUUGGUACGAUACAAUGCUACUACAUCAACGCCAUCCGCCACAGAGACAUCUCCGCCACUUGCAAGCCCCAUCAUUCUCACUUGAAUAGACAAAACUAACGAU